AUGUCGCAAACGAUGGAGAUGCAGGCGGAGGACCCAGCCAUGAGAGAGAACGAAGAGCCAGAGAAGAAGCAGAAGAGCAGAAGACCACCCAAUACUGCAUUCCGGCAACAACGUCUAAAGGCCUGGCAACCUAUCUUGACGCCUAAGACAGUUCUGCCACUGUUCUUCGCUGUUGGAAUUGUCUUCGCGCCUAUAGGCGGCGUUCUGUUGUGGGCGAGCGCGCAGGUCCAAGAGAUCAUUAUUGACUACUCCCUAUGCAAUACGACGGCGCCGGCGUGUCAGGAUGGAACGACGACACCGCCAGCCGACGCUUUCAUCCCGGACAACGCUGUGACGAGCUAUUUCAAGAACAGCACGAGUAGCGCUGAGAGGCCGACGUGGUGCAUGUCCACCACCGAUGAGGCAGUUACUUGGGCUGGAAACCGCAAUAUACCUGGCACACAGAUAUGCCAUAUCCAGUUCUAUAUGCCCGAUACGCUCGAUCCGCCGGUGUUACUCUACUACCAAUUGACGAACUUCUACCAGAACCACAGACGGUACGUCAAGUCAUUCGACCAAGACCAGCUAUCAGGACAGGCACGUUCGGGAAGCGCCAUCAACUCGAGCGACUGCUCGCCCCUGCAGGGCGAAGUGGACCCUGCCGAUGGCGUAUGGAAAGCGUAUUACCCGUGCGGACUGAUUGCGAACUCUAUGUUCAAUGAUAGCAUACAGUCUCCCGUGCAGCUCAAUGUUGGUGGUGGAGACGCUGCAACGAACUACACGUACACGAUGAGCGCAAACAACACUGCUUGGGGAAGCGAUGCUACGCUCUAUCAGCCCACGAAGUACAAUUAUGGUGAUGUGCUCCCACCGCCAAACUGGAGGCAGAUGUAUCCGGAGUAUAGCCAAGAUAACGCCACGUUGAACUUCCCAUCCUUACAUACGCUCGACGCCUUCCAGGUCUGGAUGCGAACUGCGGGCUUGCCAACAUUCAGCAAGCUUGCGUUGCGCAACGACAACGACAGGAUGCCGAUUGGGCGGUAUCAAGUGGACAUUUUCUAUUACUUUCCCGUCACGGUAUAUGAUGGUAGCAAAUCCAUACUUAUCUCGACGCGAACAGUCAUGGGUGGCCGCAAUCCCUUCCUCGGCAUCGCCUACGUAGUAGUCGGCGGCCUUUGCGUGCUGCUCGGUGCACUGUUCACGGUCACACAGCUGAUUAAACCGAGGAAGCUCGGAGAUCACUCGUACCUCUCCUGGAAUAAUGAGCAACCUUCUACGGCAACUACUACCGGUCGAGCACCGAGACCGAAUGAAGCUGCAUAG